UGGCAGAAAGUCAGAAACAAGCAGAGCGGCGUAUAGUCAAAAGAGGUUACAAUAAUUAAAAACAUUCAAACAGAAAAAAGAAAACUGGACCAAAACCAAAUAACCCUUUUUCCUUUCUCCUCCAAAUGAACUCUUAUCUCCCACAAUGUCACAUUCAGGAAGCCCUUAAAACCCACUCUUUCACUCUCUCUAACCCCAACAAUACGCAAAAUGACCCAAUUAUUGCUCUCUCUUUAAUUCCACCCUACUAAGCAGUUCAAAAUCCAUCAACCAAACUAAAUUUGCAUUUAUAUAUAUAUAUUAUGAUCCACCAAAUCAAUCAAUUCCUCUCCACAAUAGAUCAAAUCAAAACCCAUAACCCAAUUAUCAUUUCCCACUUAUUUUAGCUCAAAAAUAACCCAGAACCCACAUUCCAUCUUGAAAUAUGGGAAAGAAAACAUCUUUCGUGUCUGCUUAUGGGGUCACCCACCUUCCUCUGUUGCUCCUCCUCUUCCUGCUUUUUUUGCUUAAUGUCGUCAGUUACAGUGAUGCAAGUACAAAUGUAGCCCAAGCUAAUGGGUCUGCUACGAGUAAUGAGAUGGUGCCUUUAAUGGAGCCACAGAAAGUGGUGGAGAUGAGAUUGAUGUUGAAUGAGAGCAGGAGGAGAUUGAGUGGCUUUCAGAUAUGUGCACUUUGCACUUGCUGUGGAGGUGCUAAAGGUGUUUGCUUGCCCUCUCCUUGUUGCUAUGCUAUCAAUUGCAAUAUUCCUAACAGGCCCUUUGGUUUCUGUUCUUUCACUCCCAAGACCUGUAAUUGCUUUGGAUGCCAUAUUUAAUUCUUCUUCAUAUUUUUCUUUAGUUUAUUUCUGGAGGGGUUAUCUUCUUGAUUCUGUUGAGAGAGUGUGAAUGGGAAGAACUACGAAGAAUAUCUGUUCUUCUUUUGUUUGUUUAUAAUUUUAUUAGUAUUAUUGUUUAGUGAGAUUUGCUAUUUCCAAGUAAUGUUUUGCUAUUUCCAGAGGGAAUUGUGUAUAAAUUUUUACGGAAGUAGCAGUGCCUCAAGAUAGUGGCAGGGGUAGGAUUAGCAUUAUAUGAAUAUUUGGGGAAACCAUUGUUAUUUGUUUAUUAAGCUAUUUCUGCUUGUGAUAAUUUAAUUAGUUGUUUGAAGAAUAUAUUUUAUUAUUAUAUGCUAGUGCUCAAGUGGUAGUGCUAAAUAAGGCUGGUGUGCUUACUCAUGACAAAGAUUAAGAUUCAUGUUAUUUUAAUCUUGUCUUCUUAUUUAUUUAUUCUACCACUGGAUGUAUUGCAGAUUGCAAGAUUAAGAGACUAUAUUUUAAUACUAAUUGGGUAUCUUUAUUUGCA